AUGGACAUUUCCAAGGCCGACUCUAAGAAUAUUGAGCACUCAUCCCCUGAUCGGGGGGAUGAUAUGCCCAAAAAGAGUAUGGGACCAAUCAUGCGAUCUCGUGAAGACGACCUUGGUGUCUGGCAAUGUGUGAGGCGAUUCAAACAUGUGUCCCUCAUUGCUAUGACCGCGGCGUUUAGCGCAUCGCUGGACGGCUACCAAAUCAAUCUUAAUGGCGGUAUUGUCUCCAACAAAGGAUUCAUUCGACAAAUGGCCUCUCCCGGGACUUCAAUCAUCCAAGGCAAAUACAUCUCCGCAUGGGGAGGCAUUCAAUCUGCCGGUCAAACAAUCGGCCAAAUUAUGCUCCAAUACGCGACGGAAAAAUUUGGCCGAAAGGUUGCGCUCUAUAUUAUUUGGAUUGAUCUUGUGAUUAGCGUCUUUAUCGAAACCUUUGCAACAAGAUGGGAUCACUGGCUUGCAGCAAAGCUUUUCUCUGGAAUGGGCGUUGGCAUGCUGCAGUCCACAAUGCCUCUCUACUUGUCCGAAAUUGCCCCGACGCAGCUGCGAGGUUUCUACAUCAAUGCGUACAGUUUUUGGUUUGUGGUCGGUCAGAUAUUUGCUUCAGUGGCACUGCAAGAACUCAGCGCGAACGACCCGUACGAUUUUCGUGUUCCGAUCUAUACUCAGUGGGCUAUGGUGGGUGUAAUUGCAAUCAUAUUUGUCUUCAUUCCGGAAUCACCAUGGUGGCUGGUGAGCAAAGGAAAAAUCGACGAGGCAGCCCAGAUUCUCACCAGGUGCAAUGGUAAUGUUGAGGGAUACAGUGUUGACGAGCAGAUUGAAGUCAUGACUGCAACAGUCACAGAGGAGCGUAUCCUCGCAGAAAGAAAUUCCGAAGAAGGAACAUGGGCUGUCUUUAAAGGCCGCAACCGCCUUCGUUUCUUGAUUGCUGCUUGGCCUAAGAUUGCCCAGCAGCUUGUCGGCCUAUCCGUCUUUAACACCUACGCCACAUACUUCUUUCAAUAUGCCGGAAGUAAAGAUCCAUUCAUGGUCACAGUCAUUCUAUCCUGUGUCCAGUUGAUAUCUAUGAUGGCAACCGCCCUCACCACUGAUAAAUUCGGACGUCGUCCCCUCACAGUCUACCCCUAUGCAGUGACAUCGAUCUCGGUAUUGUGUCUUGGAAUUGUCGGCUGCUUCGAUUAUACCAAGGUAUCAUUGAGUUCACUAUUGAUCUUCUUCGCCUGUUUGGCAACUUUGUCGACUACAGGUGCAUCUGCAAUUGGCUACGCCUAUGCUGCUGAGAUUCCCCAGCAACGUUUGCGUGCGAAAACAGCUGGCUGGGCCCUUGCAUCUUCGAACAUGGUCGCUAUCAUGUUUAGCUUUUGUACGCCUUUAAUGAUCAACAAUGCACCGACCUCCGCGUGGGGUGUCAAAACGGGAUUCUUCUUCGCUGGAACUGGUAUGGUUGCAGUGGUUAUCGCUUGGUUUAUUCUUCCAGAGGUGACAUGCCGAACACCAGCUGAGAUUGAUGAGAUGUUCGAAAAGAGAGUCAAUCUUCGGAAAUUCAAGAGAUACGUCACAGAGGUACAAAUGCGCUCGAGUGAACAACGCGAGGAUCAUGAGAUGGUCACCACAGCUUAG